AUGACUUUCGACAUCUCUAACCUGGGGCAGACCACUUGGGAAGAUCUCGACAUGAACAAGCUCCUUAUUUUCUCUACUUUAGCCACUCUUGUGGAAAACAGCAUCAUGUGGCCAAUGUGGGCCAUGAAAACCCGGCAACAAGUUCAGACUGGGGCGGUCACGCACUCCUUGAGCGUGCGCCGCAUGGGCGGUUUACGCUCACUUUACAAAGGUUUCCUAUUCUACGCUAUCGCGAGUCUUCCCGCCUACCUCACAUACAUAGGAACGUACACCUACACGAAGAGUGCGUUAAGCACGCCAUCCGCUGACGGUCCUGUGGAAACCUCGAAGGGCAGUUUCCCGCUUACCAUGGCACCCAUGGCUGCCGGUAUCAUGGCUGAUGCUGCCUGUUUAAUUUUGUACAUACCAGUGGAAAUUGUGGCACAACGCUUACAACUGCCCACGCGCUAUUCUGGAGUCCAACAGGUGCUUACGGACAUGUGGCGCGAGGACGGUUUGCGCACAUUUUAUCGGGGUUUCGGGGCGACACUGGUGACGUCCUGCAUCGCCUCGGGCGUGUGGUGGCAAACUUAUGAAUCAUUAAAGUCGUUCUUUACAAUGGCGACAACCUUUCCCCCUCCGCCGCUUGAGAUUGUAUCGCCGUCCUCCGCGCCAACAUCCUCAACAUCAUCAUCCCUUUUCUCUGUUGAACUUGUGCUCGAUCAAGUAGGCGAGCUUUUCGCCGCCAUUCGGCAGUCGCUCCCACACAUGAUUGCUGGCUUAUUUGCGGGUGGUCUGAGCGCUCUUGCCACGAACCCUCUAGACGUCGCCAAGACGCGGUUACAAACACAGCAUACCAAACCCGGACCCUUGACUUUCAUACGAAGUCUAAAUACCAUCAUACAGCAGGAAGGGCUGUGGCAGUCCUUUCUCCGUGGUUUCGCACCGAAGCUUGUUUCAAGUGCUCCUCUUGGGAUGCUGUCUUCUGUAAUGUACGAAGGUAUUUUGUUCAUGAGCCGAAAAGACAAUCCUAUGCUGGGAGGGAAUACUACUGGAAGAGAAAAUGCAGGUGAUAAAGAGAUGUAAACUAUUUAUGGAAAGAAACGAAAUAUAAAUCUUCCGA